AAUUCACAAAUUUGCGAGGCAACUCUGCUUAGCUUUACUGUAAACACUCGUAGGUGGAGUAUUUGGGGGAACUUUAUUGGUCUCCAUUCAACACAUGUAAGAGCAAAGCUUUGUGAGGAUUUGCUAGGCCUGCUCUGCCAAUUCCUCCUGUGCUGCUGCAUCCUUGCCAUGGUAAAUCAGUGUGGCGGCAACAAUAUGAGCGUUACUCCACUAAACACCACUCCGGACACUCAACUAACCACCACUAACCACUGGGCGUCUACCAACUAUCUUCCGCAUGUUCCUGUAAUGAUGUCUGGUUACACGAGUAGUCGUCUGUGGCCUCAUGAUUCCCAGCCCCAGUUUUGGAGUAAAUACCAAGUGUGGGAGUGGCUGCAGCAAGUCAUGGACAUAAACCAGAUCGAUGCCUCCAAUAUCCCUUUCCAAAAUUUUGAUAUGGAUGGCCACCAGCUGUGCAAACUGACCUACCAGGACUUUAUUCAUGCUGCAGGAAGCCUGGGACCCAUUCUCUUCCACAGCAUAACGCAGCUCAAGGGGACUGGAGAAUAUCAUGUGGAAAUGAGUCAACUGGAACUAAAACCAGAAUUAGACAUAUCCUGUGCAUAUUCAGAAGUCAGCUAUCCACAAUUAGACGCCUAUGACUCUUUGAUUCGGCCUCAUGUACCUGCUGUCUCACCCACGCCUUCCAGCCCUGAAGUCCAAGUGUCUUACGUUCGUCCACAGCAGGUCAAAAAACACAAUCCAAGAGGGACCCACUUAUGGGAAUUCAUCAGAGACAUUCUACUGUACCCUGAACGCAAUCCAGGCCUGAUCAAGUGGGAGGAUAGGAAAGAAGGAGUGUUUCGCUUCCUAAAAUCAGAAGAAGUGGCACAGUUGUGGGGCAGGAAGAAAAACAACAAUAGCAUGACGUAUGAGAAGCUGAGCAGAGCAAUGAGAUAUUAUUACAAAAGGGAAAUCCUAGAACGAGUAGACGGACGCAGAUUGGUCUACAAGUUUGGUAGGAAUGCCCGAGGCUGGAAAGAGUCCGAGAAAUAGGAUUUUUCCUUUUAUGAUGUUUUCUGUACAUAGCAUGGAAUGCUGUAUUAUAUGUAAUGUUAUUGAUUAACUUGACAGAUAAAAACUUUGUUGACACUGCAGUUAAAGACAUGGUCACAUGAAAUAAUAUAUACCCUUACAAUAAAACACAACGAGUAGUAUGAUUACAGAUCCGAUGAUGAUACCCAAAAUGAUGAUAUUCUGAUUCAAGUUGGAUGGGAAGGAUGACGAUCACUGUAUGAAAAUACCAAACAAAUAAGUAAAAACAAGUAAAUCAAGUAAGCAGAAUGUAACUAUGAAAUACUAAUAAUGAAACAUCUUAUGGAGUUGAGAUAAUUAUGUCUAAUUAUGUUUAAUUUUUUA